CGUUUUUAAACCUCUGUCUGAGUCCAAAACCAAAACCUUGUGAAUUCGUACCAGCUGCAUCACAAAGAUUCUCUGAGACCGAGUUAGGACAAUGUAUGAAAAUGUCCCAACAGUCUCCACAGUGGAGCGCCAGCAGGUAUUGCAGGCUUUGGAGCGGCUGCAGGCCAAGAUGGCCCAGAGGGAGGAGUGGACCCACAGUGAGAGGCUGGGGGUGCUGAGGGAUGCUCUACAGAGCCCACUGCUAGGACACAUCCUCACGCUGCAGCAUUCAAUCAAACAACUCAAAGACCAGCUGAACUGCAUGCCUCCAGACACCUGCAGUGAUUUCAGCUUCUCUAGGAAGGGCCAGCUGAUUGUCAGUGUCAGCAGCCCAGGCAGCAGCCUGUGCAUGUCCAGCCCCGGCACUGUGUUGUCCAACGGCUCGGCCCUUGCCUCCCCCGACCAGCUCCAGAGAUGGUUCUGCACCUCCGCUAAGGGGAGGCAGACAGAGCACAUCAGCCUGCCUAAGCCCUUGUCUGGGGGCCUGGGCUUCAGUGUGGUGGGCCUAAGGGCCGAAGGGACAGGGGACCACGGUGUCUUCAUCAGACACGUCCAGCCUAGGAGCAUCGCACACGGGGAUGGGCGCAUACAGGUGAACGACCAGAUCCUGGUGAUCAACGGGAUGCCCCUGGACCAGAGUGUCACCCAGCAUCAGGCCAUCGCUCUCCUGCAGCAGCCUGGGGACAGGGUGGAUCUAGUGGUGGCCAGGGAUCCUGCCACCAUCACACAGCAUACACACACCCUCCCGCCCCAACUCCCGCCUGGGCCCUGUCACAAGGAGCAGUGGGGCCACAUGGAGGAGAUGGAGCUGCUGAACGACGGCUCGGGCCUGGGCUUUGGGAUUGUUGGAGGCAAGGCCACUGGGGUGGUGGUGCGGACUCUGGUUCCAAACAGUGUGGCUGACAAGGAUGGGCGCCUGCGUAUAGGUGACCACAUCCUGCGUAUUGGUGAGACCCCCACAGGAGGCUUGGCCAGCGACCAGGUGGUCAAGGUGCUGCAGGGCUGCGGGAGCAACGUGCGCAUGCUCAUCGCCCGUGACCCCUCGGGACAGUACUCCACCUCCCCGCCGCCCCCUCCCCCGCCCGCCGCCAGCCCCGUCUCUGUCUUACCCUCUGGAGUCAAACCCCAGAGUAGGAUCCGCAGGACGCCCAACCUGCAGGGUUAUGAGAUCCAUAAAGUGCCUCUGAGGAAGAAGGAGGGCCAGAGCCUGGGGAUCACCAUCAUCGGAUACAACUCCUUAACCCGCGAAGACGCGGUCGGGGUGUUUGUGAAGAACGUGGUUCCUGGGAGUGCCGCUGAGCAGAGCGGAAACAUCCGGAUCUAUGACAGGAUAAUAGAGCUGGACGGGGUGAGCCUGCAGGGCUUCACUAACCAGGAGGUUCUGGACGUGAUGAAGCAGACAGGCCAGACGGUCCUCCUCACCCUUGUCAGGAAGAUAGCCUUGCCCAAACCGUCACUGGAGAGGUCCCUGGACGAAGGUGUGGAGGAGAUAUCUCUGUCUGAGCUGAAGGACAAAUGGGAGCAGUCUCUGGGGCCACAGUAUGAUGUUCUGGUGGUUGAACUGGAACCUGUUAUUGAAGAUGAUGUUGAACUACAGAAUUACUCCAAGCUGCUACCCAUCCACACCAUGCGUCUGGGGGUGGAGUUGGACUCGUUUGACGGCCACCACUACAUCUCCUCUGUGGCCCCAGAAGGCCCUGUGGCCAAACACGGCCUCCUGAGACCAGAUGACGAACUACUAGAGGUAAACGCGGUGCAGCUGUACGGCAAGUCGAGGCGCGAGGCGGUGGCGUUCCUUCGUGAGGUUCCCCCUCCCUUCACCCUGGUGUGCUGCAGACACCUGACAGAGGAGAACUCAGACUACCAGCAUGACCGGGACGAUAAGUGGCACUCGCCCAGCACUGCUGCCAGCCUCUCUGAGGACCGAGCCACCCUAAAGGAGAUCUCGGAGGAGGACCAAGCCACCCUGAAGGAGAUCUCAGAGGAGGAGCAAGUGCCCACAUACCCAAGCCACCAGGAGAAGAAAGUGCAUGAGGAAGGAGAAGAGGAGGAGCAUGAAGAGGGAGAGCUGGCUCUGUGGUCCCCAGACAUCCAGUUGUUGGAGCUGGAGAAGAGAGAGGGAGGCCUGGGCUUCAGCAUACAAGACUACCAGGACCCUCUGGACAGGGCAGGCUCGGUCAUCGUCAUCCGCUCCCUGGUGCCUGGCAGUGUGGCAGAGCGCCAUGGGUACAUGCUCCCCGGGGACCAGCUGGUGUUUGUCAACGACACCUACCUGGACACGACGAGCCUGUCCCAGGCUGUGGAGGUGCUGGAUGCUGCCCCAUCUGGAACAGUCUACCUGGGCAUCCGCAAGCCACUGGUGGUGGAGGAGGAAGGUGGAGAUGGUACUGUGGAGAAGCUGGAGUCCAGAGCCCUCUUUGAUCAGCUCUCUCUAGGUCCGUCUGUGAAUUCCUGGGUGGAGACUGGGGACAGCGAGGAGGACUCAGACUCCAGGAACGGAAGAUCAGAACUCAUCCUCACAGACACAGACUCGGUGCAUUUGAUUGGCACAGAGAGGAGAAAGAGGAGGAGCCAGGGAGGAGGACGACACAGUGAUCUACCUGAGAGGGAGGAAGGAGAGGGAGAGGAGACCCCUGCCUUCAGUCACUGGGGACCCCCACGCAGAGUGGAGGUGUGGCAGGAGGAUUGUGAGUCUCUUGGCAUCAGCAUCGUGGGCGGGCACAGCGUCAUCAAGAGACUGAAGAAUGGAGAGGAACUCAAGGGCAUCUUUAUCAAACAGGUACUGCUUGAGAGCCCAGCGGGACGCACUCGCUCCCUCAAGACUGGAGACAAGAUAGUGCAGGUAUCAGGUGUGGACCUCCAGAAUGCCAGUCAUGAGGAGGCAGUCCAGGUCAUCAAGACAGCUCCCAGUCCUUGCUGGUGCUUGGUGCAUGAAUGGAGUUUGACGUUCUUCACAUGUCUAUGUGUCUGUCCGUCCUAUGUGUCCCCCUUUGUCUGUGUAUGUCUGUCUUUGUGCUUGUCUGUCCUCCUCUGUCUCGUGUUUGUCUGUGUGUGUCUGUCUUUGUCUUGUCUGUCCUGUAUCUGUGUGCACGCGUUUGUCUGUCUGUUCUAUCUUUGUGCUUGUCUUCCUCCUCUGUCUCCCUCUUCUUCCUCUCCUCUCUUUCUGUGUGCGUGUGUGUAUGUGUGUGUGUGUGUGUGUGUGUGUCAGGUAUCAGGUGUGGACCUCCAGAAUGCCAGUCAUGAGGAGGCAGUCCAGGUCAUCAAGACAGCUCCCAGUCCUGUGGUCUUCAUCGUUCAGAGCCUCUCUGCCACGCCAAGGCCUGUCUCACUAACGGCGCCCAGUUACAGAAAGCACAAGGCAAAGAGCAGAGUCAUGCCGAAAGCAGAAAUAGGAGGUGCCCCUCCCCCGAUGAGACUCCCCCCGCCCUACCGGCCACCCGGUCAGCUGACAGAGGACCAGGACGAAGAGCUGGAGGGAGUCAAAGGGGGGCGUAUUGGCUGACUGUUGUAUCGGUUGCCUGGCGACUGAGGGAGGGUCAGGGAUGCAACCUAACCAAUAGAACUACUGUAUUAACAUGAGAGAGUGGGGAAGGUGGCCAUCGUGACUUGUCACUGCACUGUGUGUUGUUCCCUCUCUUUUACAGCUUUUUACUCUAAUGCAGUGCAUUCAGAAAGUAUUCAGACCCCUUGUCUUUUUACACAUUUUGUUACAUUACAUCGUUAUUCUAAAAUUGAUUAAAUUGUUUUUUCCCCUCAUCAAUCUACACACAAUUCCCCAUAAUGACAAAGCAAAAACAUUAUUUUGACAUUUUUGCAAAUGUAUAAAAAAGAAUCAAAUUUACAGAAGUAUUCAGACCCUUUACUCAGUACUUUGUUGAAGCACCUUUGGCAGCCUGAUCCUCUCAAGCUCUGUCAGGUUGGGAAAGGGAGGAGGAUGCCUAGUCAGUUGUCCAACUAAAUGUAUUCAACUGAAAUGUGUCUUGGGGAGCUUUGCUGCACAGUUAUUUUCAGGUCUCUCCAGAGAUGUUCGAUCGGGUUCAAGUCCGGGCUCUAGCUGGGGCACUCAAGGAUAUUCAGAGACUUGGCCCAAAGCCACUCUUGCCUUGUCUUGGUUGUGUGCUUAGGGUCAUUGUCCUGUUGAAAGGUGAACCUUCACCCCAGUCCGAGGUCCUGAGUGCUCUGGAGCAGAUUUUCAUCAAGGAUAUCUGUACUUUGCUCUGUUCAUCUUUGCCUUGAUCCUGAGUAGUUUCCCAGUCCCUGCAGCUGAAAAACAUCCCAACAGCAUGAUGCUGCCACCGCCGUGUGUCACUGUAGGGAUGGUGCAAGGUUUCGUUCAGAUAUUAUGCUUGGCAUUCAGGCCAAAAGAGUUCAAUCUUGGUUUCAUCAGACCAGAGAAUCUUGUUUCUAAUGGUCUGAGAGUCCUUUAGAUGCCUUUUGGCAAACUCCAAGCAGGCUAUCAUGUGCCUUUUACUGAGGAGUGGCUUCUGUCUGGCAACACCAUAAAAGCCUGCUUGGUGGAGUGCUGCAGAGAUGGUUGUUCUUCUGGAAGAUUCUGCCAUCUCUACAGAGGAACUCUGAAGCUCUGUCAGAGUGACCAUUGGGUUCUUGGUCACCUGCCUGACCAAGGCCCUUCUCCCCUGAUUGCUCAGCAUGGAUGGGCGGCCAGUUCAAGGAAGAAACAGUGGUGGUUCCAAACUUCUUCCAUUUAAGAAUGAUGCAGGACACUUUUGUUGCUGGGGAAGUUCAAAGCUGCAGAAAUGUUUUGGUACCCUUCCCCAGAUCUGUGCCUCAGCAAAAUCCUGUCUCGGAUUGUGACUUGGGUUAUGCUCUGGCAUGCACUGUCAACUGUGAGACAGGUGUGUGCCUUUCCAAAUCAUGUUCAAUCAAUUGAAUUUACCACAGGUGGACUCCAAUCAAGUCGUAGAAAUUUCUCAAGGAUGAUCAAUGGAAACAGGAUGCACCUGAGCUCAAUUGCAAGUCUCAUAGCAAAAGGUCUGAAUACUUAUUAAACAAGGUAUUUUAGUUUUUUUAUUUUGAAUAAAUUUGCAACAAACCUGUUUUUUUUCGCUUUCUCAUCAUAGGGUAUUGUGUGUAGAUUUCUAAUGAAAUCCAUUUUAGAAUAAGGCUGUAAUGUAACAAAAUGUUGAAAUAGUCAAGGGGUCUGAAUACUUUCCGAAGGCAUGGUAUAUUGUUUCCUCAGGGCCGUCCCCUUAGGUUUUGCACCUUUUUGUUACUGCCCAGCAUUACACCUAUUUCAACUAGCCUAAUGGCUUGGUGAUUUGUUGACUAGUUGAAUCAGGUGUGUUAUAGCUGAGCUUGAACAAAAGGUUAAGACUUGAACUCAGCGUUUCCACUUGUUCCAAGGGAUACCUUGCUGUAGAUUUCUGUCUGGUUUCAGUAUUGGGCCUCUAUCUCAAUGCUCCAAUGGGCUUAUACCUCUAAAUACUAUUUUGCUGUAUCAAACACCGGCUUUAACUUUACAGUGGCUUACUUUCAAUUCAGUGCCAUCUGGUCUUCUCUAUGUUGCUUCCCCAGUGGUGAUGUUUAGAAACCUGUUUAAAUAGCUGUUGUCAUGAAUAUUGUAAAGAGCGUACUUGUUGGCUUUAUCUCUCGCAGUGUCUUACAUCGGCUCUUGUCAAGGUCUGCUAUGGCAGGCAUGCCACAAUGGGAAUAUAAGGUCAUUAGGGUCUCUAUCACUCUGGCUUGUUCACACUGUUGUGGGUUGAAUGCAGGUUCCAUUUUGAAAGGAUUGACCUUGGCUAAGGUGAGAUCCAACAACAUUGACCUUCUGAACAAUCUCCUUUCCCCAUUCUCCUCCUCCCUGAGGUUCCCUCCAUUUGUUAUGUCAUGUUGCCACGACAAUCAAUCACGAUGACUGUUGCUAAAUCAGUCUGCUGCUCUCCUACCAUAUUCUUCAUAUCUAUACUAUACUGAACGGAAAUAUAAACGCAACAUGCAACAUUUCCAAAGAUUUUACUGAGUUACAAUUCAUGUAAGGAAAUCAGUCAAUCGAAAUGAAUUCAUUAGGGUAAUCUAUGGAUUUCACAUGACUGGGAAUACAGAUAUGCAUAUUUUGGUCACAGACACCUUAAAAUCAAAGUAGGGGCGUGAAUCAGAAAACCAGUCUGUUUUUGGUGUGACCACCAUUUGCCUCAUGCAGUGUGACACACCUCCUUCAUAUACAGUUGAGCAUGCUGUUGAUUGUGGCCUGUGGAAUGUUGUUCCCACUACUCUUCAAUGGCCGUUUGAAGUUGCUGGAUAUACACAUGGAUCCAGAGCAUCCCAAACAUGCUCAAUGGGUGACAUGACUGGUGAGUAUGUAGGCAAUGGAAGAACUGGGACAUUUUCAGCUUCCAGGAAUUGUGUACAGAUACUUGCGACAUGGGGCCGUACAUUAUCAUGCAGAAACAUGAGGUGAUGGCGGCGAAUGAAUGGCACGACAAUGGGCCUCAGGAUCUCAUAACGAUAUCUCUGUGAUUUGAAAUUGCCAUUGAUAAAAUGCAAUUGUGUUCGUUUUCUGUAGCAUCUGACCCUUGGCCACACUGUUGACAUCAGCAAAUCCCCCGGCCACACACGUGUCUUGCCGUUGUGUGGCCGGUUGGAUGUACUGCCAAAUUCUCUAAGACGAUAUUGGAGGCGGCUUAUGGUAGAAUAUGUUAAUUUCUCUCUGGCAAUAGCUCUGUUAGACAUUCCUGCUGUCAGCAUACCAAUUGCAUGUUCCUUCAAAACUUGAGAAAUCUGUGGAAUUGAGUUGUGCAACGAAACUGCAUUUUUGAGUGGCCUUUUAUUGUCCCCAGCGCAAGGUGCACCCAUGUAAUGAUUAUGCUGUUUAAUCAGCUUCUUGAUAUGCCAGACCUGUCAGAUGGAUGGAUUAUCUUGGCAAAGGAGAAAUGCUCACUAACAGUUAUGUACUGUAAUCAAAUUUGUGCUCAACAUUUUAGAGAAAUUAGCUUUUUGUUUGUAUGGAAUAUUUCUGGGAUCUUUAAUUUUAUUUCUAUAAAACAUGGGACCAACACUUCACAUGUUGCAUUUAUAUUUUUGUUCAGUGUAUUUUGUGCAAUAAAUCAGACUUGUUACUUGAUUUUUUUUUCUUUUAAGGUGGUUUAAUUAAUUAAAAGUUUGUUUGUUUCAAGUACCAGCAUGUCAGGUGGGUGGAGUUCGUACUUUUGGGACUAAUCAAUGUUAGCCUAUUGCAUUUUGUUUGUAAAUCCAACAUGGUAGGUUUGUUUUUACUUUUUCGAGAGAUGAGCACCCUAUUAAAAAGUGUUGUCAAGGGUGGGAGCUGUUACUAUAGGUGUUACGCCACAAAUAAAAGUAUCCAAAGCA